AUCCAGCAUGACGAUGGGCAGGGGGCCAGGGGCUUAUAUUUUUCUUGUUCAGAUGUUAACUAUUGAGCGCUGAACUCGGAUCUCGGUGUGGAUCAAGCUUAUCUGAUCGAGGACUCUUGCGGACUCACGCGGUCAGUGAUCGGGAUUUGUCUGUUGGUCGUUCUAUAACUUUACUUGAAGCGCCCUUCGGAGCCCCCUUCUCCGCAACCCCUCCGCCUUUGAUUUGGACACCUUUUAAAGCGUAUGUACAGCAAUUUCAUAUGCUGUGCUACCACAUUCGUUCGCCGUGGUGUGCCAUUUGUUCUACUUGGCUAAAGCUAAAGUUCAAACGUUCAUGCAUCAUGUUUCCCCUUCGACGGACAUAUAAGGACCGUUGGGUACCUAUCAUCUCCCAGAUGAAUUUACUCAAUACCUGGCAUCUUACAACUACGCCAAACCGACCCGUGUUCAACCAGGAAGUUCUCGACGACAAUAUUUAUUGUCUUCGUCAACCCAUCCAUUCGCGCCAACGACGUCGUAAGGUUUUUCAAGCGAUCUUCUCUGUCGCACUGAUCAUUCCGAAGAUGCCACCUUCUAACCUACGGAGCUCAACAACAUAUCCCAAUCAUGGGUUCGCAGCGUCCCAUCGGACUAUGUCUGCCCCCUCCUCCUUCUUGCAAACGUAUAACACCGUGACUAGUCAUCCUGCUCAAACCAAUUUUUCUGAACCGGGGAUGCUAGCCGGUCCAUCGGCCUUGGCCAUACUGCAACCACAAAGUAUUUACUUGGCCUACCCUACCACCCCGAAUAUCCUUACAUCGGACUCAAAUCAUGGCACCUGGCAUAACUCACCAUCCCUCCACAGUGCCCAGUACUACGGUCCUGUGGUGGGAGGCAACAUCAUCAGGCACCCUAGUUAUCCUGCAAUGGAAAGUAGUUUCUCGUCUUCACACACAUCCCAAAUGCAGUAUCCACAUGUGCACCAUUCGCAUCCUACCUUUUCUUCGCAAUACACCAAUCAAGACAUGCCUUUCGUCGUUUACCCUGAAAUAUCCACCUCUCGCUUCUCACCGUAUAAUGAGUUAUCGCAGCAGUCGCAUAAUUCUGCAAUCCCUCAGCCAGGCUUUCCGAGCGAACUACCCCAGCCCAUGAUAUCUUUGCCUUUGACUGCAGAAUCUUCGCAAAUUAAACCUGCAUUGCAUAUAUCAGAUCAGCCACAUUCGAUCCCACUUCAUAGCCCUCCCUCAUCCCCCUCCCUACUGUCCUGCCGAUGGCUGCGUGAUGACACACCCUGCGGGUUUACAGGGACGCUGGAGGCGUUAAAGGUGCACUGUAAAAUCAGUCAUUUUGCGGGGCCCCCCAAUGCGCAAAUUGAAUGCCGCUGGGAAGCUUGCUAUUAUCAUAAGCGUGGUGACCCCACAGUUCGUGGUAUACGGCGCGACUGUAUGUGGCGUCAUACUUCUGAAGUUCAUUUGGGGAUGAGGAGGCGUACCUAGGCGAGCCCUUCUCUUCUUACACUUUUACAUUCAUUGUAUUGCGCCACCGCUAGCGACGCCAUAGUAUUUGUGUUGUUUUCAAAGAUCUACUAACGUCACUCUUUAUUCUUGUCGAUGGUUCGUCCCGGAUCCAAUUUGUCGCUCAUUGCAUACCUUCUUGCAUUCGUUAUUAUCACUAUAAAGGCUGACGAUGGACGGCAUUAGAACC